AUUUUAUGGCGGUUUCCUGUGGUUCUCGUUUUAGUUUCUCUAUUCCGUGCUAGUUGGUUUACAUAUUCAGGCUUCUUGUUUGGAUACAGCUCCAUACACAGGAAGAAUGGAGACAGCAGAUUACGACUGGUUUAUCGCGGACAGAGCGGAAAGCACGAGAGAGGGCGAAAAUACUUCAAGAGGAGAAACAGGAAAGCAUUCAAACUGGUGUCAAAGAUCCUAAAAAAAAACAGAGUCUGAUUGGACCAAGGAGGAUGUGGCCAUGUUGCAGCAGAGUGAGGGGGUGAUGCAGGAGCUGAAACUGCACAAAACACAACGGGAGACCCUUAAGAGAAAGCUAGGGGAGGUCUUUGAUGAUCCUGAAGAAUUAAAGCUCAAAGUGAAACAGCUGGCCACUGCGAUUCGUAAAGCCAAACACCUUGUUGUGUACACAGGAGCUGGCAUUAGCACGGUUUGCACUGGGUGCUCUCCAGCUAGGGAGGGCAUCCAUCUGUUUGACGUGACAACGCACAGACAUGGCACUGGGCGGAGGUGCCCCAAGUGUGGAGGGGAGCUGAGGGAUACUAUCGUCCACUUCGGGGAGCGGGGUGUCCUGGAGCAGCCCCUGAACUGGAAGGGAGCAGAGAAGGCAGAUCUCAUUCUCUGUCUCGGAUCCAGCUUGAAGGUCCUCAAGAAGUAUGCCUGCCUGUGGUAGUAAGAUGCUAGAGAUGUACAUUGUUAAUUUACAGGUACAGUACUAAAAAAAAAAACAUAUUAACAAUUGUAACAAUAAUAAUCAAAUUAUUUAUUGAUUGGGACCCCACGAUAACAAAUCGAUAAUAUUUUAAUGAAGUCGAAUAUUCCAUUAAUUUGUAUAUAUUAAUUUACUGUGAAGAACGUAAUCUGUUUAAGAAAGUUGUGUUUUUACCUUUGUGUUUUGAAGCAAUGCACUAUCCGCAACCUUUUUUGUUUUUGAUUGCUGUGUGAGUCUAAAUGCCGUUGGAUCGUAGCUCGACGUAUGUGAUCCAAUUAAACAUUGCAGGUUGUGCAAAAUAGUUUGCCACCAGUAGAAUGCAAAAUUAUUGUACAUGUUCCACUGCAGUAAUUAUUAUUAUUAUUUUUUUUAAUUCAUUUUGGACACUCGCUUAACAAUAUCAGUUGAGAUCUCCUAGGAUACUAAACUAUACUAGGUCGGCCAGGGUGUCCUCGGCUGCCGCUCACCAGCGAAGUGAAAAAUAAGCGGUCGGCUGAUGGCGCAUGCUUUGGAGGACAGCGUGUGUUCGUCUUCGCCCCUCCCGAGUCAGCGCGGGGGUGGUAGCGGUGAGCUGAGCCUAAAAAUAAUGGGCUAUUCUAAAUUGGGAGAAAAUUAUAAAAAAAAAAAACAAUUGGCAACUACUAAAUUAAAAACAAAAAAGGGGGAUCCCGUGAUAUUAAAUUAUAUGAACUAUUUCUGUAAUUAUUAUUAUUAAUGGGCUGAAUAUUAAUUGAAUAUUAUUCUUGAGCUGAAUACAUUUGAAUGUUUUUUUAAUUUUUUUAAACAAUAUGCAAGUAUGGAUGGUUACCAACCCCUUUAAGACCAUGUACAUUUUGUGAAACAAAAUGUUUGUAAGAAAGUUGCUGUGACUGUACAGUAUUGUAAAUUGCUGAAAAGUUACAGUACAGACCUCUGUGACAAAUAAAUAAUAAAAAAUA